UUACUUUUCUUUGAUCGUGUCAGUGUGUCAGUGCGCGCGCUCCUCCAGCAAGCGCCGCUGUGUGCGCGCUCUGAGCCGGAAGCGGAAGUCCAAGCAGCAGCUGCAUCACAGUCUCUCGUGGGGUCGCAGCAGCGAUGAUGGCGCUGAGGGCUUCAGUGUUCAGAUGGGUUUCAGAGGACAUCAUCAGCACACACUACCUGACGAACAGACGCAGCAGAGGUGUGGCUUUCGCAAGGUAGCGAAGAAGGUGGAGCCUAAGAAGGGCGUGGCAGAAGAGGCGGAGCAAAUUGAAAUCCUUCACAAGAAGGGCGUGGCUCCUGCUCCAGACCCGCCCACCCCACACGCACCCACCAGGUCAUUUGGCAGACUGGUCAAACCAUUUGUCUUCACCAUAGGGUUUACAGGUUGUUCGUUCGGCGGAGCAGCGAUAUGGCAGUACGAAAGUCUCAAAUCUCGUGUACAGAGUUAUUUUGACGAUGUCAAAGCUGACUGGCUGGAGAAGAUCCGGCCUCAGAAACAAGGAGAUUUGCGCAAGCAGGUGAAUCAGUGGUGGAACAGUUUAAGUGAUGGGCAAAAAACAGUCACAGGCAUCAUUGCAGCCAAUGUGGUGGUGUUUUGUUGUUGGAGAGUUCCUUCUCUGCAGCGCUCCAUGCUCAAGUACUUCACAUCUGACCCCUCCUCCAAGGUGCUGUGUUGGCCCAUGCUGCUGUCCACAUUCAGUCACUAUUCUCUCUUUCACAUGGCGGCCAACAUGUACGUGCUCUGGAGUUUCUCUUCGAGCAUCGUCAACAUGAUGGGCAAAGAGCAGUUCAUGGCGCUCUACCUCUCCUCAGGUGUGAUUUCUACGUUUGUCAGUUAUGCGAGUAAAACAGCGAUGGGUCGGUUCGGUCCAUCACUGGGGGCGUCAGGGGCCAUCAUGGCUGUCCUAGCAGCUGUUUGCACCAAAAUGCCUGAAGCCAAACUGGCCAUCAUCUUCCUCCCCAUGUACACCUUCACCGCCGGAAACGCUCUCAAGGCCAUCGUUGCCUUGGAUACUGCAGGCUUGAUUCUGGGAUGGCGUUUUUUCGAUCACGCAGCUCAUUUAGGUGGAGCUUUAUUCGGCAUCUGGUACAUCGUUUAUGGUCACGAGCUGAUUUGGAAGAACAGAGAGCCGCUGGUGAAGAUGUGGCAUGACUUCAGAACGAAAGGACCGGGCGCUGGCGGAACCGGCCCGAUCUAGAGCCAUGCAUCAUGGGUGACGUGAAGAACAAACUAUUUGGAAAAUGGACACAAAGACACAGAUAUUAAUGCACUUGAAGCUCAUAUUCUGUUUUGUAUUCUGUGGGAGAGUCAUAGCGUGAGGUCUGCUUGAGUCACAGUGAGAAUUACUGUGAUGUCAUUAUGCCCCGCCUCCGAUUUGAAAUUCGAAACCAACAAACUCCACCCACUUGUUUAAAAAUUCUAAUUUAUCAGGAGGGGCGGAGCUCUAGGGACACUAUACGUCUCAGUGACAUUCAGCAUCAUGUACAGAAACUAAAAAAGUUUAAAUAGUCUGUAACUGUAAUUUUGAAAAAUAAAAUGAUUACUUAAAAUUCUGUUGUCAAAAAAAAGUAUUAGGUGCCAGCUUUUGUUUAAUGUGCUAUAAUUGUGUUCUGCUUCCGUUUUGUUUAUGUUCUGAGUUUCAGAUGAGACUUUGGUCCUUGUUAAAUGUGAAUGAUUAACCCUGUUUCUCUAUAACACACACACACACACACACCUGUUCUAUAUGUCUCAUCAGUAGAAACCGUUUCAGUGUUGUUUUCUCAGAUAGACCAAAGUUCAGUAACAGUCAUGGUAUCAUAAUGGCUCAUGAACAAUGCGUCUGUUUUCCACUUCCUCAUGUUUUCAUGAAGUCACUGUAUCGCUCGCCUCUUCCUGUUUCUCAGUUAUCACUCCUUAACCUCUGUCGCAUCACUCUUUUCUCUCCCAUUGUCACUCAUUUUGCAGUCUUUUAGUUUUUUUGGGUUUCUUGAAGGAACAUCCAGCUCAUAUUUCACCCCAAAUUCACAAGAAAUCUAAAAAUUAGG